UUUGGUGGGGUUGCAGGGGAUAGUAACAUCUUUUCCGUCUGUGUCCUGGGCCAGGACUUUAAAUUUGAACUCAGGAUACAGUGGUGAUAUAUUUGCUCGUUACUACUGUACCACCACCUUUAUACAAUGACUUCAAAACUCUCAGCCAAAAUAAGUUUGUUCUGAUAGUAUUGAGUGCUGGUAGCUUCUUUUGCUUGAGAUUGAGACCUCCAGUGGAGCAGUCAUCUUUUAAUUCCUGAAACAUUGGUGUAACAAUGCUGUGUAAUGUGAAUAACUCACUAUUGUGUCCUGGGUUGAAGUACAGUAAAAGAAUGGCUUGAAGAAGGUGUGGGAAGGGUGUUAUCCAGUGUGACCCGACCAAAAAUCACAGGUUUUCUCCUGCAAUAACACUGGACAAUGAAGGUCAUAACAAAAGGCAGACCAGCUGCCCAAAUGGAUAGUAAGUUAAUAAUUGGUGAAACGAUAAAAUAAAGGAGGCAAAGAUGGGAAUAUACAUGGAUUACUUAUUUAAGCUGACAAUAUUGGAUGGAUGUGAAGCAUUUGGGAUUCUGGAUGCAAGAUGAAUGAGUGAGUAGAAAACAGUGGAAAUUGUGUGCUUGAGAAUAAAAUGUGGUGUAAAGAGGAUACUAGUUGUGAUAGUGAAGGAUUAUAGGACUGAAGGCCUACCAGAGUUUACAUAAGUGAUGAUUCACUGAGAGAAUGAGAAGCCUUUCUGAUUCCCAAAGAGGAAAAGAGUGAGUGUUGGGGAACAGGAAUAACAGACGGUUAUGCUCUAAAUAUAAAAGGCCAGGAGGAUGAAAGGGGCAUGUAGGGCUCAGAAGGGCCCUUGAGGCCACCUUAAACCCCAAAUAUAAAGGGCCCAGGAGGGUACCAUAGACCCCAAAUAUAAAGGGCCCAGGAGGCCACCAUGUACCCCGAAUAUGAAGGGCCUAGGAGGGAAUCAUCGACCCUAAAUAUGAAGGGCACAGGAGGGAACCACAGACUAAAUUUAAGGGCCCUGGCGUACCACAAAUCUUCAGCAUGGACCCUAAGUAUAAAGGGCUCAGGAGGGCACUAGCCUCAUCCUUAUUACUUCCCUAUUCAAGCCAUUUGCACUUCUUCAAACUUCACCCAUUUGAACUUUCCUCAUUCACAGACAAUUCCUCCUUCCCUAAACCGUGAAGUUUGGAGUGUGCAUUGCUUAUACUCUGUACUGUACAGCCAUGCAGCGUUAUCAUUAACGAUCAUGUAGUUCUUCACAAAUGGAGAGAAGAAAGGAAUAAUUUUACACUUAUCAUGCAAGCAUGAUAUAGUAUCUGCUAUAAUGGGGGAUACUGGAGUGAAUGGACUCUUAGAUAUGAUAGACAAUAAUGGUGUUAAUGGUGAGGUGGUUGUUGUUGUGGAGGGGAUGGAAAUUGAAGAUGAAGCUGUUAUGGUUCACACAGAAACUGGAACUACCGUUUACAGAAAUUUCUCUUGUCAAACAGAUUUUACAACACAUAUUGGAGCGAGUAUCCCUGUUCUCUUCUGUGGAUUGUUUUCUCCAUCUUGUGAUGCUGAAACACAAUGUGACAUUCCUCCUCUGAAAGUGAAUGUUUCUGUUUGUACAUAUGGUAGUAAAAAGGUUGAUUCAGCAAUAAGAUGUGCAACUGAGAAAAUAAGAAAAUAUCCCCUUGCUAGUCCUGUUGAACCCAAAGAGUCUGUCAAGGAAAAAACUGAUCUUCAGCAACAAACUAUUGAGGAAGUGAUACGUAAGGUGCCAGCCGUUGAUGGUAAUGAUAGCGACAUUUCAUUGUUUAACAGUGACACUGAUACGUGUAUAUUGUUUAACAGUGACACUGAUAUAAAGGAGAUGGCUGAAUGUGCUGCUGCAGUUUCUACACAAUAUACACAACAUUCACAUCUGAAACAAAGAAAACGGAAGAAGCCACACAAAGUUGAUGAUUUUAAUUGGGGAAUUGAUGCUGGCUCUUGUGAUGAAGCAAAAAAGAAGCCAAGAAAGAGAACAAAGAAGCGAAAGGCUGAGGAAAAAUUUACUGGUGUAGUAUUUGACCCCAGAAAAGGUAGCAGUAAAAAAAAGGACAUUAGUGAAACAUGUGAUAAAAAUUCCCCCACUGAAAAUUCUGACCGGGCUCUCGUACCUUUUAAAUAUAGAGAGAAGACAGGUAAGAACAGUGAGCUGGGAACACGAGAUGUAAUAGUUAGCAAGGAGGAGGACCAGACAGAAGAAUGUUAUAGUGAUUGGAUUACUGAUGAUGAAGUUGAUGACGAUGAAAGUGAUUCUGGAAAACCUGCUUUUAAUCAAGGUAACCGCACGUGUUCACAUUGUACGUUGACAUUUAACUCGCCCUUGUUACUUCUAGAACAUUUAGAAGGUAAUCAUGCAGCCCAUGUUUGUAGUAUAUGUGGAUUUACAACUACAUUUAAGCAUAGAUUAAAGAAGCAUAUGGUGAAACAUUCAAAGGAAAGAGCAUUUGUGUGUGAUAUUUGUGGUAAGCAGUACUCGCAGAAGCAAUAUUUAAGGGGACAUAUUUCUCGUGCACAUAGUGAUUAUGACCAUGGGAACAGAUACCCAUUUAGCUGUCAGCAUUGCAAAAGACUUUAUCACAGUGAGGCAAACUUGAUCAGACAUCAAAAACAAGAAAGUGGCCCCUGUGAAGUUUGUGGAGUUAUGUUAAAAUGCAGUGGUCUUUUCUGUCAUCAUAAGAGGGACCAUUUUUCUCAGGGUGAGAAUUGCAAAAAAGGAUUUCAGUCUAGGAAUACAUUACUGUUGCAUAAAAGUCCAGCACAUAAAAAAAAAACUAUUCAGUGUCCAAUCUGCCCAAAGAAAUUUGCCUUUCAAUCUUAUUUGAAUACUCACCUUGCAAAUGCCCAUAAAGAGGGUUCCCUGCAAUAUAAAUGUCCUGAUUGUAGUUUUUGUACUAGAUCAAAGUCUUACCUAACAUCUCAUCAGAGUAGAAUGCAUAAGCAUCCACUGAAAUUCUACUCUUGUGGCUUCUGUAAAAAAGAUUUUAGGAGCAAUUCUCGUCUCGUAGAACAUACCCGUAUUCACACAGGUGAGAGACCUUUUUCAUGUCCUGUAUGCUGCAAAACAUUUUAUUCUCAGAGUAAUCUCUAUGCACAUGAAAGGUCUGUUCAUAACAGACUAACAAAUUAUGGUUCAAGAGAUACAGAAAGUCGACAAGACGCAGCCACGAUGCGUCGUAAGAUUUCAAGUUGUUACGAAUGUCAUCUUUGCGAUUCAACAUUUCCAACACUCAAGAAACUCAAGUAUCAUUUAUUUAGAGAUCACAAAAUAGAUAAUGAUGCAAAAAAGGGGGACAAUGUCGAACAGGAACGAGUGGUAGAAAUGAAUGAAGCUGGGAUGGUGCCGGUACAAAUGGAAGCAAAUACCAAAGAUCUCUUGCCUGAAGACUUUGAACCAACCGUAAAGGAAAAUGACACAAUAAAUGUCAUUCCUCCAAGUGAUGAGGGAGUCGUGAGUAGGGUAACCUUACCCAUGCCAGCUUAUGUUGUACCUCCAAAUGUUAACUUUGUAGAGAUUGAUGGUGUUCAGUACCAUGUUGUAAGAAGUAAUCAGUGAAAUGUUAUAGGCACUUUUUUUACCAUUACUGUGAAUAUUGAUUUAGCUACUCUUCUUUUUAACUGAUUCAAGAAAUAUGUUUUAGAAGUAGCUAUUCUUUUUUAAAUAAAACCUGUGGCUAUACUGCAUUAUGAGAGAGACUUAAUGACAGUUUUGCCCUUUUUAAAAAGGAAAUCCACCUUCUGCUGUUGAUAUCUCAUGUAUUGUCCUUUAAGGUUCUUUUCAAUCAUCACCCAUAGUAUCAGUCUGACUAUGUAUACAGUACAGUAUUGAUUUUAUUAAUUACAGUACCUACAGUAUA